CAAGGCUAAACUAUGGAAUAAUGUUGGAGACCAGUAACCCUGUUAAUAUGAAGCGACCAGCAAUGCUGUUAGCCUUGAUGUUUAUAAAUGUGUAGGAUUUCAGUAGAGUUAACUCUGCAAAUGCUUUCUCGUGUACAUUAAAGGGAAAGAGAGAGAGGAAGGGAAGAGAUUGGAGGAAGAGAAAGAUGAGGAAGCGGGGGAAGCAAGAAGGAGGGAGCGAGAGAGAAGGCGAGACAGAUUUUAGGGAUGGUAGAAGAAGGAGGAAGAAAAUCUGUCUCAAAACAUUACACAAAAGCGUACCAGGUGGUGGUAUCCGUCACCAUCAGAACCAAAAACUUCGAAGUUACCAGAAGAGAAAAGGAAGAAAUCAACUGACAGGAGGGAAAGGGUCGACAAUAUCAGCCUCGUCCUUCACCAACAUUACCAUGCAGUCAAAGGCAUCGACUCUUCUGUGCAGGAAUUGGUCAAUAGAGACAUCAAAGUUAUCAACAGAAAGGAAGCGUACAACAAAAAAGAAACUAAAUUGUCGGAUACGAGAUGAAGUCGUCACUGCCGCCGCCGACAACGAAGACAACGACGACGACGACGACGACGACUAUAGACAAUAUGACGUUGUUGCUACGGGAAAAGUCAAAAUAGCGUUAGCUACCCAUAUCAUAGAACUGUGGAACUGUUUGUCAGCUCGUUAGUUAUUCACUAUAAUAACGUACUGAAAUGAAUUCUGACUGAACGAGACAGAAAGACAUAGUCUUUCAGAGU